AUGGCUUCGUCACCGGCAUUGUUUACUGCCUCACGCAGCCAAACACUAACCUACCUCUUGGCGGUGUGCCCCUUCUCCAUCGCCUUCCUAGUCUACAUCAAUUCAUCCAUCUCCUUUGUGGUUACAGACCUAAUUGGGCUCCAGGACGGAGAGGGCGAUGCCGUGGGAACGUUGGGGUUCGCAGAUGAACUCCUUGCUCUGGUUGCCUGCCCUCUCUGGGGUGUUCUCUCUGACCGAAUCGGAGUUCGCCAUGUAUGUACUGCAGGCUAUGCUAUUGUAGCUCUGGCGCUGGUCCUGUUCGUCCAGGCCACAAAUAUCUAUCCCCAACUGCUUCUGGGAAGGUUACUCUUCAGUGUCGGUGGUUCGGCUGUGUCGACUAUGGUCACAGCAGUUUUACCGACUGUUACUGGAGCAGGUUUUAAUGCCCAAUCAUAUCGUGCAUCUGUGUCUUCGGAAUUGACAAUCACACCGGAGCGAGCUAGGAAUGGCCAUUCCAUAGGCGUCGGUGCUUCCAGCACGUCGCCGUCUGCCCGGCUCUCUGGUUUUGUUGGGAUGUGUGCUGGCUGUGGCGCACUCGUGGCGCUAGUUGUAUUCCUCCCCCUUGCAGCCCGAUUUGAGAAGAUGGGGUUGUCGCCCUCACAGGCGAUUCAACGCACCUAUUAUCUAGUUGCUGUUAUAUCCCUGGUUAUCAGCGUUGUUUGCUUCAUUGGACUCCGGGAUCUUCCUGGAGAAGAAAGAAAAAGCUGGAGUGCACUGUGGAAAUCCCCCCACGACUUGGAUUGUGAUGAAGACAACGAAGAUGACGAUGAUCUAUCCAUUGGUGGUCGAACAUUGCCAUAUUGGAAACAAUUGACAACUGCCCUGAAAUUGGGAUUCCAUAACCGCAGCAUUGGACUGGGUUAUGUCGGAGGCUUCGUAGCGCGGGCUUCCUCUGUGGGAAUCUCGUUGUUCAUUCCUCUUGCCGUGAAUCACUAUUAUCGAGUAUCUGGUCUAUGUGACGAAAAACAUGAGCCGGUGCCCGGCUCGGGACUAGGGGAGAUCAAGAAAGCGUGCCCCCGAGCAUAUGUCGUCGCAUCUAUACUGACCGGUGUAUCCCAACUGGUGGCAUUGAUUGCAGCUCCAUUAUUUGGGUACUUGACAGACAAAUCACGACGAUAUAAUUUCCCACUCCUAUGCGCUGCAUUAGUGGGAAUCAUCGGCUAUAUCACAUUCGCCAUGCUCCCAUCCCCUCUCUUCCAAGGCCCCGAUGGCAAUCCCGGGGUCUUUGUCGUGAUGGGUCUUCUCGGAAUCAGUCAGAUUGGAGCAAUUGUUUGCAGUUUAGCCGUGUUGAGCAACGGCAUCUUGCGAGUCAGCAUCGACACUGAAACAUUAAGAAAACUAUACGAGGAGCGACAUAUCAAUGGAGAUGAGAACGACGCAGAGCCCAACGAGGGCCAAGCCCUUCUAGCUAGAUGUGCUGAUGACGACCGAAGAUUGGAGCCUUUGUCACAACUGAAAGGCUCUAUUGCUGGGGUCUACUCACUUUAUGGCGGCGCAGGCAUCCUGCUGUUGACCAAAGUGGGUGGACUGUUAUUUGACAUCCUGUCAUCGGGCACACCAUUUUAUAUCAUGGCUGGCUUCAAUGGCGUGUUGCUUGUCACUGGAAUUGUGUGUGGGGCCCUCGGUCAUUUCGGAUCCUCGCUCGGAAAGAAGCGGUAG